CUGCGUGAAGUUUCAGGAUCUAUCUGAGAAUAAGAAAUAGUGUCUUAUAUGUUAGUUAAUCGUUAUGGAUGUACGAUCAGGUACUCUGUGCUUAUUAUGUAUUUUGCAGUUUUUCUCAACAGAGGCGUCAGAUCCAAAAGGAUGUUACAAAGAGAACAAAAGACAGCGAUAUUUCAGCAGCACCCCCGGGGAUUUUGUCCCUACCCUGAUGACACCUGCCCUGUGCGCUUCAAAAUGCGGCAGUUUUAAGUUUGACUACUGUGCUGUCACUCAAGGCCAGUUUUGUUUCUGUGGGAACAGCCUCCCUCCUUUAUCAGAAAAAGACCUUGCGGAAGUGGGGUGCUCUGACGUGUGUAUCGGUGAUAAUUCAAAAAACUGUGGAGGACCAGACCAUGUAAAUGUUUACAGCACAUCUCCACCAAUAAAUGGUCUCGAAAUCACACCAAGCGUUUCUUUGAUCGAGACAGGAACUGACGUCACAUUUACUCCUAGUUACGAAUCAGCAGGAGCAGACCUUACAUUUCAGUUAAAUUAUGGUGAUAAUGGAGGGAAAACAGACAAAAACCAGUCAGUACCAGAUAUGUGGACUACGAAAUAUUUUACACCAGGGCAAUACCAGGUCACACUAUACGGAAAUGACAACCAAAAUUCCAUUUUGGAGAAAGAGGCUUCGACUGCGGUAUUAGUGGAGGCACGUCCACACAAUGCUUCACUGUCGUGUCCAGCUAAUGCAGCCACGUACGAGGAAACCAGAUGUAUUCUUAUAGUGAUGGCUGGUACCAACUUAGAGCUUACAGUACAGGUUGAUGGAGUCCAGCACUCUAAAUUCUACAUUUCAGAUCCUCCAAUAUACGCUGCGGGUCCUGCGUUCAUUUCCAUGUCGACCUUACUAUUGGCGGGGGAAGCAACAACUGACUACGUUAUUAUGACAGCAUCAGAAAUACAACAUAGUGGAACAUUAAUUGGUUUUGAGUAUUAUACACACUCUGCAGGAACCCUCGAGUUCUAUGUAUUGAGGCCGUCUUGCGCUAAUUACUGCUUUGAUACAAAUCGAUGUUCAGGGACUUGUGGGAAUAUUUAUGAACGUACAUGUUCAUCUGGUCUUCAGUUUUGUCCUGCCUCUGGUGCCUGUUGGGACUCUGUGGUUCCUACAUGUUCAUCCCCCACACCACGAUAUGACGGAACACAAAGGACAGAUUUAAUACAAGUUGCAGCAAUUCCUCACACAAUAUUAGCAGCACCCACCUCUAGUAACUAUUUAGCCCUUGAUCUAACAGCCAACGACAUAAAAGUCCAGCCAGGUGAUAUCAUAGCAUAUAAAAGCACAGGAGGGGGAACAUUGAAGUCUUUUGCAUGUUCGUCUCAGGACUCUGAUUUGAAAAGUCCAAACUUUAAUUCAGCGGCAAGUGCAGUAGUUUUAAGUUCCCCUAAAAGACAUUUAUUGAAGGCAGUGGUAUCACAGGGUAGUGAGGUAAAAUUGCCGUUCACCUUUACGGCAUUCGGAUCGACAACCAUAGGAAUCACCCUCAACAAUGCUCACCUCGCAGCAUCUGUAAGUUUCUCCGAGGUAAUAAAUGUAAUUGAGGGCAUUGACACGUGUGUACCAGACAUCGUUCAAUAUGCUGAAACGGGGAGCACAGUUCAGUUUCAGGUGUUAUCACACACAGGCACUAGCGUGACUUAUGCUUGGGAUUACGGUGACGGUAGUACUGCCAAUGUUUCAUCAAUACAACAUACCUAUACGUACACCAACACGGGAACCUAUCAUGUUAAUGCCACCUGUUUUAAUACGCUGAGUUCUAAAUCAAACUUCACCACUAUUAAAAUAGAAACUAGAAUUACCGGUCUUGUUUUGUCGGUUUCCCCUGUAGUCACAACGGAAGUGACGUCAUUUACUCUCGGUAUGACGAGUGGAUCGGACUACACAUGCGUAUGGAAGAAAAAUGGCGUCCAGUUUGCUGUCACAACUUCAGCUACAACACCUCCGAAUGGAAAUUUUGAUCAUACGUUCAUAGAUGACGGAACAUACGCAAUAUCUGUUAUAUGUACCAAUAAUAUUAACAGUCAAACAGGGUCCACUACAGUGACUGCCCAAAGAAGGAUCAAAGGCCUCGCUCUCGUUCGUCAAGGUGCCCUUCUGAACACACCUUACACAGUAGAUUUUGUAUGGCAGGAUGGAACCAAUCCUCAGUUUUUGUUGGAAUUUAAUGGCGUUGAAAAGGCUCUGACUAUUGAUACGUUUGCAAGGAAAGGUUCGUCUCCAAUUUUACCAGCAGAGGCUUCCCCAACCUCUUUCCCGAUUAAUUUAACAGCGUAUAAUUUGGUUAGCAAUGAACAAAUUACAAUAAAUUUUGGAAUAGAAUCGGAAGUGAUUGGAUUGACUGUCACUCCUGACUCUCCCAUCAACUCUGUUUUGGGCUAUGGAAAUGUUGCUAAGGAUGAUGUGGUAACACUGACUAUCAGCGCAGCUGGGGGAACCAAUGUCGACAUACAGUGGGAACAUACGGUGGGGAUUUCUCCACCCACGGUAACUCCACAAAACGUACCAACGUGGACUGUAGAUGUUACAAAGUCUUUCACCCUCUCCACGUUAGGAAACCAUGCAUUGAAAGUAACAGUCAGCAAUGCAUAUUCGUCUUAUACAUUCACCUUUAAUUAUCUCGCCAUAGCGCCAGUCAAAGACAUUCAGUUCAACACAAUAACCCCUGUUCUCUUCAUACCACCAGCAGACGUAAUUUUUACAUUUUUACAAGCUCCAGUUGGACUUCCACCAAAUGAAGCAACUAUAGAUAUCAAUUACGGUGAUGGGCAUUCGACUUCUCGUCCAUUUGAUUUGUCGAACAGUUACCCAUAUUCCUACAGGGAGGAUGGGACGUUCACCGUUACCGCCAAUAUUUCCAAUAUUGUCAGUCACCAGAUCGUGACGACCACAGUGGAUGUGGUGGAACAGAUUGUUGAUCUUGUGAUAGAACCAGACCCAGCCCAUGCACCUCUCAAUGACCCCGUAGAUCUGCGAGUGAAAAUGAAGAGAGGAGGAACUGGGGCAAAACUACAACUUCGAUGGCAGUUUGAGGCUGCUGGCACAUGGACCCCCUAUCAGAAUAGAAUUGGGUUCAGUCCGGAUGGUUACGAUUCGAAGCUGCACAUUUACACAGCCAUUAAUACGUAUACCGUCACCGUGGAAGCGAAAUCAAGUCUGGAGACAAAGACUGCCACUUACACGAUUUAUUGCGAGGAGAAAGUCACGGACAAUUUCCUGUUCACAUCCAACUUCCCACAGGAUUAUGCUCUUAUGCAGAAGAUAACCUAUACGCUCACUUAUAACGACCCCAUUCCAACAAAUGCAAAGAUGAGUUUCGAUUAUGGAGAUGGAUUAACGUCUGCUGACAUUGCCUUUCCGAUCCUGACGACCGGAGGAAGCACCACCAUGGACCAUACGUACGGCCAAGCUGGUCACUAUGCCACCACGUUCACUCUCUUUAAUCGAGUUUCAUCCAUCACUAGAACUGUCAUGAGUGGAGUCUACAGGAAAUUUGAAGGUUGUGAUGCUGUCCUUAAGUGGAAGCUGAUUGUUCCUCUGAAUGGACCUGACUUAGAUGGAUUUGGACCUUCCAAAAACAUUUUCCCACGUGAUAGACCGUUACGUGUACACAUCACAUGCACAGCAGGGACGCUUGUUUACUAUGAUGUGUUUGCUCAGGGAACAAUAAACUUUCUGGCGUGUAACAAAACGGAAAAGACAUUGUUCGAGUUGGACUUCUCCAUCCUAGCAGCUGAAUCCUAUAUUCUAACAAUCAAACCGAUAAACCCUAUACAUCAAGUCACCAUAACCAAAUCCAUUGAGUUCCAAGACCCAUGUCUGGAUAUAAAUAUAGACGAUGGUGGUCUGCAGGUGUCUGCCUACCAAUGGAAGAAGUUUAACAUCACUUUUGGUAUGCAGGGUACUGCAACUUGUGUACACAUAGAUUAUGGUGACAAUACCCCAGGCGAGCUUUAUGGGGACAUUUUAAUGUGCGGUACAUUCGCUGGAACUGCCCCUUACAUAGCCGCCCUAUCACCAGUAACAGAAAUCAAACACGAGUAUAUAAACAUGAACACGUUCGUUGUAUUUGUGAAAGGAUUUAAUGCAUAUUCCACUUGCUCUGCUAAUUUCACUCAUGUGAUAUCAGAUGUAGAUUGCUCACAACCCAAGGUUAGCAUUAAAGAUUUGAAGCCAGUAUUUUACUAUCCACAAGAGGUGACGAGGAGUGUUCGAGUGAGAAUUGUUGGUGUCACGGAUAUCUAUUGUUCACAAACUCUUGACAAUGUAAAAACAUGGACCGUGUAUAGGAUAGACGAAAACACGGGUGAAGAUGUACAGGAAGUUGACGUCACAGGCUUACCUUCUCACGAGACUGCAGAGCUAGCACUUCCGCCUCUUUUUCUGGAUUAUGGUUCUUACAGAAUCAAUUAUAAAAUAGAAAUGGUAUCAUCAGAUUUCGUCAAAAACGAAAACUUCAGUGCAAAUGUGAAUCACUACAUCAAAGUAAAAAAGAGCGACCUUGUGGCAGUAAUCUACCCUGGUGGUGUUACUAAGAUCCAAAGAGGGUACUCUAAAAUGAUCACAAUUGAACCCAUGAUCUAUUCGUUUGAUCCAGAUGUUGCUUCCGGUUUACCCCAAACGUUUGCGAACUUCACUUGGUGGUGCAGAAGGAGUGAUGAGCUACUUCCUAACCCGGAUGUCAAUGUUUUUGUGCCAUACACAACCACACAACUAGGGGGUAGCCUUCCCGACAAUGGAGGAUGUUUUAAGCAGGGGCCGGGUAGAAUCAAUACGAACGAUGGUAGACUAAGUUUUGAUACCGCUAACAUGCAAAUUAACCAAACAUACGUUUUCAAGGUCCAAGUUCGGAAAGAUGACAGAAUGGCUGAAACAACAGCUGAAUUAGAAAUUGUGUCUGGAGAUCCCCCUGAAUUGACAAUCAGGUGCGGCUCGUCUCUCUGUAUACCUCGUCCCGGGGGACAGUUGGUGCGUCCAUCCAGCCGGCUUAGUCUUCUUAGUGAAUGCACGGGAUGCACGACAAACACUAAUUUCGAGUGGAAAAUUUAUCAAAGCAAUUAUCAGUGGACUUGGAAAGAGAUCAUAGAGCUGCCAAUCUAUGUUGACGGAGUUCAUUCGAAUAAUAUCGCCGUCAAAACCACCAUGUUCGGUUUGGACCAAUCUGUGAAGACGUAUCUCGUGGAACUUUGUGCUAAGCGUGAGGAUGGACAGGAAGCUAAAGCCUACAUGAAAUUAUUCUUGAACGACCCGCCUCGGAAUGGAACUUGCACUAUAACGCCCUCUGUCGGCGUGGUGACUGAAUCUAACUUCCAGGUCACGUGUUCUGGGUGGAUUGAUGAAGAUGGCAUAGAGUCUUACAGAAUUUAUGCUACCUUUCAAGACGAUACUCAGGAGCGCCUAGUGAUCUUUGGUGGUGCUUCCUCCUACAGGGUGCAACUUCCGGUGGGACCGGAUUAUAACAAUAACACAAUGUUGAUAUUUGUUCGCAUCGCUGACGCUUAUGGAGCCUCGGUUGACUUUAAUGUAGGAUCUGUACAGGUGAAACCUCUUGCGAAAGAUCAAGUUGUUCAAAAAUUGGAGAAAAUGCAAGUGCAAAUUAAGGAUGAACUUGACCUGGCAUUAGCAAGAGCUGACUUAAGUCAAGUGAAUGAGGUGUCCCUGCUGUAUGCCAGUAUGAUCAAUAUGGCGAGUAAGAACGGAACAUCAGAGUACGCUGGCGUAGACGUGGCCGGAACUCAAACUGCUACAGGGCUCGGUCCGCACUACAACAAUCGGACAGAUCCUUUUGACAAGACAUUGACAACAUUCGAAAAAGAAGAAAAAUACCAGAAAGAAAGAGAGGCAUAUGCUCAGAUUACAAACCAGAUAGCAGACGCAUUACAAAAGAUCACCAUAUCCACCCCUUCAUCUGUGGCUCUAACGGCUAGUACCUGUGCCGAAGUUACGAAGUACACAGAAAACUGUGCAAGAAAAUGUCAGGAAGGCAUCAAGAAUGUGACACUAAAAAUGAUGAACACUCUGGAAGUUCAGGCCGAUGAAAUCCCUAUAGAAGAACUGACGCUUGCUGCCGAGGGAAUAAUCAACACUCUCUCCAAUCUAAUUGAGGCAGGAAACGUACACACUGAAUAUCCUACGAACGGUGACAUGGAAUCGGUCGAGCCAUUCGCACAUUACGACACAGAUUUGGAAUCUUUGGAGAAAGCUAUUCCAUCCGGUAUCAUUAACCGUGAUAGAGCAAACAAGAAACUACUAGCGUAUACUAAUGAAGAUUUCCAGAGUGCCACUACCCAAGGAGUACAGAACACGGCAGGCACUGUUUAUUCCAAGCUCCGGUCAAUCUUCAAGAAAAGUUUGGUAGAGGGAGAGACUCCAGUGAAAAUUUUUACAACCUCCAUUGUUCUUGAAUUUGAGAAAAACCGAGCAGAUAAGUUUUCCAACAAGACAAUUGAUCUUGGAGAUGGAAGCUUCAAGCUGCCAAACUGGUGCUCGCUCAUGGACACCUGCAAUCCAAAUGAGACAGUAGUUGUACAAUCCUCUUACUCCAUCUAUGCUCCACAUGCAUUCACUCCCCAAGCCAAAGACUUAUCCAGAUACAGCGGCUCUCUUAACAUUGAGAUGUUUGACAGCAGCGAUUCUCCUAUCAAAGUUACUCAAGCAGCAGAACCAAUUACGAUGAAAGUUCCCCUGGACAAAAACAUGCCGGUACCGGGGGAGGAAUAUGUUGUUCCUUUUAUACCAAACAGGGAUUGGGAGUACUUCUUUUAUCACACAACAGAAAUCACUUCCUCCCGCGGAGCUCUACAAGUUCGGUUCCGACUGGAAGACCUGAACCAACAGUUUUUGGUGUUGGUCAAGUUUGGGGACAUUAAAAACAUUUCAAACGCAUUCGAUCACGUGUGCAUGGUGCCUAGCAGAAUGGAAUACAAAGGUUCAUUUGGAACAGACAAUACGCCAGAUCCGUAUACAUGUUUCGUCGGAAGUGACGUUGUCAAUGGUUACCAGGGUCAAGUGACACUUGGGGUCAGACAGAUGUCCAGUGUGGAACAUGACUAUUACACGUCUAAAUCUCACGUUCCGCCCACGUUCCCUGGAGGAAGUGGGAGAUUCUCUACAAACUACACCAUUCAGACUGUCAGCUCCACCUGCCAGUUCUUCAAUGAAACAAUUAAUGACUGGGACACAAGAGGAUGUGAAGUUGGUUCCUUGACAAACAGCAGACAUGUUCAGUGUGUUUGUACUCACAUGACCACGUUCGCUGGCGGGUGGGUCGUUGUGCCGAACACUAUUGACUGGAACUUCGUCUUUUCCAAUAUGGACUUCUUUAAGAACCCCACACUUUACAUCACAGAGAUCGUGAUUGUCGUUGUCUACAUCGCCGCUGUUAUCUGGGCCAGAUAUCAGGAUAAGAAGGACGUAGAAAUGCUCGGUCUGACUCCUUUAGCAGAUAACAACAAAAAGGACAAAUAUUACUAUGAAAUUGUUGUUGUCACAGGAAUGAGACGCAAUGCUGGAACUGGGUCUAGUGUGAGUUUCAUUCUCUCUGGUGAAGAAGAUGAGACGGAUGUUAGAACGUUCAGUGACAACAAGAGAAAAAUCUUGCAACGGGGAGGGGUGGAGGGCUUCCUCAUGUCUGUAUCGAGACCACUAGGAGCUUUAAACUACCUCCACAUAUGGCACGAUAAUACAGGAAAGGGAAAAUUCGCCUCCUGGUACAUGCGAAAUGUUGUUGUGCGUGAUGUACAGACAGAUCAGAAAUAUAUCUUCAUCUGCAAUAAAUGGUUUGCAGUAGAAGAAGAUGAUGGAAUGAUUGAUCGUCUGAUACCGGUAGCUGGUAAGGAACAGAUGACGGAAUUCAGUCACCUAUUCACAGAAAAAUCAACGAAAAGCCUUAGUGAUGGUCAUCUGUGGUUCUCGGUAUUGGCCAGACCUCCCCAGAGCAGAUUUACACGAGUCCAGCGUGUGUCUUGCUGUCUGUGUCUUCUGUUCAUGUCCAUGCUGACCAACGCCAUGUUUUAUGAGAAAGGAGAUUCACAACAAAAUGCGUUUACGUUUGGUCCCUUCGCUCUAACUCCUGAACAGAUAUACAUUGGCGUAGUGAGCAACAUAAUCGUGUUCCCUGUCAGCUUCUUGAUCAUCCUCAUCUUCCGAAAAUCUCGACCUCGAAACAAGCGACCAUCACGUGUGGCAGAGGCACUGAAGGAAAAAUCAAAACCAGUUGCAUCUGUAUUUGACGUCCAUCCUACACUGAAAGGUUCUGGUGAACCUUCCUGUCUUACUCCGUCUAAACUCCUGGAAGGAAAUAGGCCGGAGACUGCACUCACUAGGAGCGGGACAUCAAUGUCAGUGGUAGAUUUGGCCGACAAUGCAGACAAAAAGAAAAAGAAAAAAUCCUGGGAUCUUCCUUGGGGCUUUGUUAUUAUCGGUUGGAUACUGUUGUGGAUAGCUACCUUCGUCUCUGCUGCUUUUGUUACAUUCUAUGGCGUCAUGUUCCAGGAUAUUAAAUGUAAAAUGUGGAUUACGUCCAUGCUGAUCUCAUUCUUCACGUCGAUUUUCAUCACACAGCCAAUAAAGGUAAUCCUGACGGCAAUAUUCUUCUCUCUGGUUAUAAAAAAUCCCGGAGGUGAUGAAGAUGAAGAUAAUGAUGAGGAUGAAGAGAAGCCUCCUUUGGCAGCAGACGAGGAAUAUCUUCAUGACAUAGACAGUGACAGCAUCAUAAAACCAAGGAGGGCUGCAUACAAACCUCCAGAUCCGGGGCUUCUAGAAAAAGCACGUGAAGUUAGACUGAAGGAAAUCAAGAUGUGGGGCAUCGUCCGUGAGAUUGUGUUUUACUCGUUUUUCUUGUGGAUCCUAAUGGUCAUCAGUUACAGGAACCGUAGUUACAUGUCCUACUACUACAAGUCAAGUUUAGAAAAGGUCUUCAUAACCACCAACGACACCAAGCACCACUUCCUGAAGAUAAAAAACAAAGAUGAUUUCUGGGUCUGGGCAAAGAGUGGAUUGGUGGAUGGCAUCCGAGCAGGCGUCUGGUACAAUGACGGGCAGCCCAUAUUUUUACGUGGUUACAUCAACGACAAGCAGUCCAGAAUCAUGGGAUACGCCACAAUGAGACAACUUCGUGUAAAACGAGACUCGUGCCAUGUUGCCGAUGUAAUGCAGACCGUUAUACACGAGUGUAAUGAUGAGUACGAUAUGCAGGAACACGACGAGAAUGAAUACGGAGUUGGAUGGAAUCCUGCUUACCAAAAUACUACAUAUAAUAAUCGAAAAGAGGAAUACCGCUACACCACGGCCAGCGUAUUGGACGGACAUCCUUACAUGGGAGACAGGUCUCUGUACAGCGGUGGGGGGUACGUGGUACGUUUGCGUGGAAACGCAACGUUACUCAGAAACAAAUUCCAGAGUCUUGAAAAUGAGGGUUGGGUUGAUAGGUAUACUCGCGCGAUAUUCGUGGAAUUCACCGUUUACAAUGCCGGAAUCAAUUUAUUUGGAAUUGCUACCUUGCUUUUGGAAGUCCGUCCUAGUCAGGGUAUAUUUCCGUCCUAUCGUUUUGAACCCGUGAUGCUUCUGCCAUACAUGACUGAUGUGAUGCUCUUCCAGAUCGCCUGUGAGAUUGUCUACUUUGCUUUCACACUUUUCUUCAUUUUCCAACUGCUAAGGGGCAUCACGAAAGAAAAUUUCGCUUAUUUCAAACAGUUCUGGAAUUUAGUGGAACUUGGAAUAUGUUCGAUGUCUGUGACAGCCAUUGUUAUCUACUUCUAUCGUAUGUUUGAAACUAACCGACUAACAGAACGAUUUAAAAUUUCCCAUGGUAACGAGUAUAUGAAAUUUCAGUACGUGGGAGCAUGGAGUGAAAUAUUCAGUUAUAUUAUUGGGUGGUUAGUCUUUUUUGCGUCACUAAAAUUCCUCAAACUUCUGCGAUUCAACAAGCGUAUGUCAUUACUGGCCUCAACUUUAAAGAAUUCCUGCAGAGACUUGAUGCACUUCAGCAUAAUAUUCAGUAUCGUCUUCUUGGCAUUCAUUCAACUUUUCUACUUGGUCUAUGCUGGAAGUCUAACGUCAUUCAAGACUUUUAUCACGGCUUGUGAAUCCGGUCUCACCAUGAUGAUGGGCAAGUUUGAUAUUUACGAAAUGAAGAUGGUGGAACCAGUUAUGACACAAAUCUUCAUUUUCGCUUACGUCGUCACGAUAACUUUCAUUGUUGUCAACAUGCUGUUGUCUAUCCUAAACGAAACGUUCGGAGCGGUACGGUCAGAUAUUGCCAAGCAGAACAACGAGUAUGAAAUUGUUGAUUUCAUGAUGAAUCGCUUCAAGUUGUGGACCGGAUUGGGCACGGCGGAUAAGGGCGUCCUCUCACCGGAAGAUGUACGAGGAAACAACACGAUCGAAGGCAAGAUCGACAUGUUCCCCGAUCGAAUUGACCAGUUACUGUCGUCUUUGUCACAUAUCUAUAACAAAGAGGAACGCCUUGAUGCACUUUUUGAAAUGAACGCUGCAAAAAGAAUGGACUUAAAGGAAUCCUUCGGGAAAGUCCCGCCUCCAAAAAGCCAAAAAUAUCAGGACAGGUUACCAACUGUACAUACACAUUACUAACUGGCUAAAAGUGUAAUUCCUUGUUGUGAAAUGUGACAGAAACAGCAACAUAUAUGUAUAUAAUGCAAACCUUAUAAAUGUUCUAUGAUCGACAAUGUUUAUCCCAAAACGGCUACAAGAUCAAUAUGUACCGGAAGUAGUAACAUACUAGUCUGAAGCAUAAAAAUGAUAUAAUUUUAAAAUGUCAUAAGUUAAAGGUUCAAUGUUCAUUUCUUUAAGAAAAGAAACGUCAAUGGUGUUUAUACAGCAAUCUCUUAUUAACUACAUGUUUGAAAAUUGCAGAGCUUUAAUCUACCUAUUACUUGUAUAUUAUGUAUUAUUAUAGUUUUAGAAUAAAACGUUGUUAUUGAAAA